UCGCAAAUCGUGGAGGAUUCUCGUAUUCUGCGAUUGGCUUUCCUGCUUCCUGCAGAGCUUUCAACGCCCUCCCCCCCCCCAAGCUGCUCCUCCUGUUUCUGUUUCCAAGGGAGGGAGAAGCUCAGCACGUCUGCCAAGAGCCCCCCCCAUUAAACCCUCUCUGGGGGUGCGCAACGCACACGGCUCCUGCCGGGCUCCUGUUUGGAAAGGGAGAGAGGCGUGAGCUGGGUGCAAUCGGCUUGCCAAGGGUUAAACGGAACAGAGCUGGGUUCCUAGAGAGGACAGGCAACAAAAGAGCGGGGGGGGGGGGGGAUCAGGUCCUCCAGAACCAAAGCUCCCCCGCGCGUCCCUUCCUGCCAGAGGAGAGAGGCUGCAUUCUGGGAUGCGGGUAAAGUGUGCUUUGAAGCUGUAGCUGUGCGUUUCAUGGAUUAGGAGUGGGCGUUGCUGGAUCCUGACCAGAAAGCUCUGCAUAAGGACGACAUGGAGGAGAAUCAUGGGAUCAUGGACUCUCUUGGUGGUGAUGAAUUAGAAGAACAAGGGAGACCACAGCAAAAUCCACACAUUGGAGAAGCCAUAUCAAUUCAUACAGGGGAUAAACCAUAUCAGUGCCUUGAAUGUGGCAAGAGCUUCAGUGAGAGAGCCCACCUCAGGGCCCAUCAAAGAAUUCAUACAGAGGAUAAACCAUAUAAGUGCCUGGAAUGUGGCAAGAGCUUUAGACAGAGCAUCCAUCUCACUUCCCACCAAAGAAUUCAUACAGGGGAGAAACCAUAUCUGUGCUUGGAAUGUGGGAAGAGCUUCCGUCACAGUGCCAACCUCACUUCCCACCAAAGAAUUCACACAGGGGAGAAACCCUAUCAGUGCUUGGAAUGUGGAAAGAACUUCAGUCAGAGGGCCAGUCUCAUUUCCCAUCAAAUAAUUCAUACAGGGGAUAAACCAUAUCAGUGCCUCGAAUGUGGCAAAAGCUUCAGUUGGAAAAAAAGUAUCACUUACCAUCAAAGAAUUCAUAGAGGGGAGAAACCCUUUCAGUGCUUGGAAUGUGGAAAGAGCUUCAGAUGGAGCGCCCAUCUCACUUCCCAUCAAAGAAUUCAUACAGGGGAGAAACCAUAGAAGCAUCAAAUUGUAGAGCUGAAAGGGGCACUGAGGAGCAUCUAGCUGAACCCUGUGCAAUGCAGGAAUCUUAGCUAAAGCAUCCAUGACAGUUGACUAUCCAACCUCUACUUAAAACCUCCAAUGAAGCAAAGUCCCACCAUCUUCUGAUGGAGUCCAUCCCACUGUUGAACAGCUCCUACCACCAGAAAGUUCUGUCUGAUGUUUGAAUUUCCUUUCUUUCUCUGUGCCUCUUGAAUACAGUGGGAAGGUGGUGCCGGGGUGGUGCCAGAGCACCUCUCAGAGAAGGCGGUGGUGGCAGAACAUUGGGAGACAAACUAGACCUCUGCAUAGGGCAUUCUGAAGCAUUCAAAACUAUUCAUAAAGACAUUCUUACAGUAUCCCUAUAAGGUGGACAAGCAGCAUUUCCCCAGUAUUGCAGGAAGUUGAGAGAAGGGAUGGAGAGUGGAGAGGGGUUUGAAUCAUAGGCUCUGUUCUCUGCAAGUUGCGCACACAAAAUCCACUCUGAAUUGUGUUGCUUAUUGACAUCUGUAUUGGACACACACACAACCGGCACUGGCUGAACCAGUUUUAGGGUUUCAUAAUUAUUGCUUUCUUAAACUGUGAUUUCAAAGUGGGGGUGUUUGGGAAGGGGCGUUGAGCUGUGUAUGCUGCCUCAGCUGGAAAGGUGGCUGUGACUUUGCUCUAAGUCUGGAGCAGAGGAAAGGGAGUUGCCGUGAAGAAUGGGCAGGCAGAGCUCUCCCAGCUCCCAAGUCUGUAGCCCUGAACAUCAUGGGUGUGUCCCAGGUUCUUUUUCGUUUGGUUUUUAGGGAGGGCUUUUCAUGAGUCCAUUCUUGGCCUCACACACACACACACACACACACACUUCAAAAUCAGGGAUGUGGGCUGGAGGCACAUUUCUUAUAUUUUUAUGGUU